CAAUGACCAUAAAUACUGCAUAUUUGCAAGGUAUAUUUUAGGAGGCGUGCCGCGGUCACACUUUAGAUUAUUUCCGCGGAAAAAGAGAUCAUGACGACUGCCUUUGAUGCUGCUCAUACGGAGGGCCCAGGAUUCGUGGGUAUUCGGUUCUGCCAAGAGUGCAACAACAUGUUGUACCCAAAGGAGGACAAGGAGAAUAAGAUCCUGCUGUACGCCUGCCGGAACUGCGAUUACAAACAGGAAGCGGACUCCAAUUGCAUCUAUGUGAACAAGAUUAUGCACGAAAUCGACGAACUGACGCACAUUGUGCCCGAUGUAAUUUCCGACCCCACGCUGCCGCGUACUGAGGACCAUGCCUGUCCCAAGUGUUCCCAUCGGGAAGCGGUCUUCUUCCAGGCCCAAACACGUCGCGCCGAAGAGGAGAUGAGACUUUACUAUGUGUGCACCAAUCAGAAUUGCACUCACCGAUGGACAGAAUAGAUGCCUGUAAUUUUAGCUCUAAGUAAUCAAAACCAAUAUAAAGACCCUUUGCAAUUUGUA